AAUCUUAAUGAAUUAAUUAAUUAUUUAAAACAAAUGACAAAAUUCCAGAUAAAAACAUUAAGACAUAUUUUUAUGACACGUUUAUACGGAUAUUCACAUUUUGCAAGUUAUCUUAGUAUAUUUCACCAUCAACAAGAUGAUACAAAUAAAUCAGAUGAAGAUAUUGAAAAAAUAGUAUAUGAAGGUACAAUGGCAAAACAAGAAGCGGAAACAAAAUUGGAAAAUCACAAUUAUUUAAAUGAUUUAAAUGAACGAAUCAAUAAUUUACAGAAAGACAAUGAUGAAUUAACGAGUAAACUUAAAGUGGCUCAAAUACAAUUAGAAGACAAUGAAUAUAAAAUUGGAAUUCUUGAAACAGAAAUAAAUUUGUUACAGGAACAAAGAAAUUUUAAUAAUGUUAGGAUAGGUGACGUCACGGAUGUUGAAUGGCGUGAUGAUGACGAAAAUAAUUCUACGCAACUAGUGAAGGACAUUAAAAAACUUAAUAGAGCCUUGAAUAAAAUUACUGAAGUUAAACGUAAUGUUAAAGAGAUUAAAAAAGAAACUGUAACAGAAUUAUUUUCAUCUCUUGGAUGUAAUACUACUAUAAAAGAUAAGCAAAUGAAAUUAGUUUUAGUUGCAGCUUUACAACAAAAACUAAUUAGAUGUAUUAUAGAUAAUGCAAAAUAUUAUUUUGAACAUGCUAAUACCGGUAUUUCACAAGUUCAAAAUAUAAGUGUAGAUAAUUUAGAGGCUGCUAUUCUAUUCAAAACAGAAGAUUUAAUUAAACUGACAACUCGUUUCGAAGAUACUUACUCGGUAACUGGUGAAAAUUCUCGAACAUUACCAACUACA